AUGGCGGACGAGCUCUACCUCGACAACAUCGACGAGUUCGUCACCGACCAGAACCGCAUCGUAACAUACAAAUGGCUGAGCUACACUCUGGGAGUCCACGUCAACCAGGCCAAACAGAUGCUGUAUGAGUAUGUGGAGAGGAAAAGAAAGGAGAAUUCAGGAGCUCAGCUUCAUGUCACCUACUUGGUAGCAGGAAACCUCAUCCAGAAUGGACAUCAUUGCCACAAGGUUGCAGUCGUGAGGGAGGAUAAACUGGAAGCAAUGAAGUCUAAGCUCUCCACGAUUGCCAGUGUGCAUGUGUAUAGCAUCCAGAAGGCUUUGCUCAAGGACAGCUCUCCACUCUACAACACUGACUAUGACAUCAUUAAAGCCAACCUGCACAACUGCACCAAGUUCAGUGCCAUCUGGUGUGAGGCCGCGGUACCCCGGGCACCGCCCGAUGUUCCCCCAGCUCAGACGUCCCUGCAGGCUGAUUCCCAGAGGGCAAGUGACAGGAAUGCUGCCACCAUUCCCACUGUCAAUGGCCACGGCCCAGCAGCUUCUAAACACCCCUCACCACAGUCCAAAGGGAUCAUGGGAAUGUUUGCAGCCAAAGCAGCUUCCAAACCCCAGGACACAAAUAAGGAGACCAAAGCUGAGGCGAAGGAGGCUGCAGGGGUGUCUGCAGCAAGCAGCAAACCACCAGCAAAGAACAAUAUCAUACACAACUUCUUUGGAAAAGCUGCUAUGAAUAAACUCAAAGUCAGCCCUGUGCCUGAGCAGCCAAAGGAGGAAAAAGAAGUAGUCAAGGCUUCAGUUCCUGUAGCAGAACCAGAGUCAUUCUCUGAUGCCGCAGCAGAGAAACCUGGGAAGAAAGCAGAGUCUGCUAGGAUUCAACAAAAGGACAGGAAAAGGUGGGAUAGGGUGGACAGAUCGGAUAAUGAAGAAGAGAGAGAACCUGAAAAUGUAAAGAAGAAGAGGAAGAGAAUCAAACAACUUGUGUCUGACAGCAGUGAUGAGGAAGCAGAUGUCCCACCAUCUCCCACACCUGAGGAAGAGAAAGCUCCUUCUCCACCACCUGUGCCUGCUCUGAAAACUGAACUGGAGCCUGCAAGCACAGAGGUUUCAGCUGGAGGGAGGAAGAGGAAACGGAAGCGUGUGCUGAAAUCCAAGAUGUUUAUUGAUGAAGAAGAAGGCUGCAUGGUGACUGAGAAAGUUUACGAAAGUGAAUCCUGCACGGACAGUGAGGAUGAGGGCCCCAAGUCCAAGGCAUCAGUUGCACACAGACAGCCUGUGCUGCCCAUGAAGAAAGAACCAAAGGAAGAAAGGAAGAACCUGAAGAAAGGGACAGCUUCUGCCAGCAGAGCCAACAAACAGAUCUCCAUCAUGGGCUUUUUUCAGAAGAAAUGA